AUGUCCGACAUCGAAAAACUCGAAAAGAUCCAGGUCACAGAGACCACCAUUAGCUUGGAUUCUGACCCUGACCAUACCGAGCAUGCUCCUAAGAAGCAGACCUUGAAGUACGUUUUGGCGGUUCUUCUGACCUCCAUUCCAAUUGCAGCUGUUCUGUAUUUGAACUGGCUCGACAAGAAGUACAUGCUUCACGAGCUUUCCAGACAGCAAUUGGUUGCAAGACUCUCGAUGUACAAGACCAAGCCGCCUAUGAAAGUGUUCAUUCACUUUAUGAUUCUUUUGACCGGCGUUGAAAACCUGGUCGGCGACCAGACCAGCCAGUUCUUCACAUUUGCAUCUAUCUAUAUGAUCACCAUCUGGACGCAGGCAUCUUUGGUGAUUGUGCAGGUUGUUGGAAUCAUUAGCGAACUGCAUGUCCAAAAGGAAUACUUUUGGUCCAUGACUGUUCUAUCGGCAGUUUUCGUUCUCAUUGCAAUCGGGGCAUCCUACAGUCUCUGCAAGGUAAGAGGAAUUGGACUCAAUGAUACCAGAAACGGCUUAAUGCUUCUGAACAUGUUCCAGGCCUGGCUCACUGCAUUUGGCUGCCUUUUUGAGCUAUGCCAAUACUCCACCCGGAACCUCACCAACAUGAUCAGCUAUUAUACAGUUCUCACCCAAACCCUGAACCAGGAACACAUCGUUGUCACUUUGGCUGUGGCUCAUGUCUGUGCCAUGGUAAUUGGCGGAUCACUGUUGCUAACCAACUUCCUGUGCUGCCUCACCAUUGAGCGCGGUUCCAAACCUUGGAUCGUCAAUCAAAACUCCAGCUCAUUGAAAAUUGUUGCAGCAGCAUUCAUCUCGGUCUCCCUAUUGCACUGUCUUCAAGUCGAGUGGACAGACUUGUUCAACUCUAGAUAA